AUGGGCAUCCUCCGUCGCCGGCGCGAUCCUCUCUUCGACGAAGUCAUCCUCCCUCGGCCUCUGCCCCUCGCGCCCGACGACGAGCUCUGCGACCUUCCCGGUCGUUUCUCCGGUGGCCUGUGCGUCGACCAGUCCAGCAUCGUGGCGGGCCCUAACUCUCAGUGGUCGCUCUUCCUUCUUCUCGCGUGUCGGUUCGUCCCUCUCGUCUCCCACUUCGUCUUUGCUGUCUCCGACCAUCGCCGGCCCUACGAUGCGGUUGCGCAGUCGUCGUUGGAACGGCGGCGGGGCGCGAUUUCUGUUGUAUGCCUGUCGGCGUUGAUGAGGAGGUUCGGGCUGAGGAAGCUGUUGUUUCUUGACGAGGUUGUUGGGGAGAGCAAGAAGGUCAGGUUUGGGUACGUGCGGCAGCUGAAUCGAUCGUUUCGGAUCCUUUCCUUCUUCGUGCUGCCUUGUUUCUUGGCCGAGUGCGGGUACAAAGUGUGGUGGUACUUAGCGGGAGCAAGAAGAAUCCCCUUCUUGGGCAACGCCGUAGCAAGCGAUGCAGUGGCGUGCGCAUUGGAAUUAGCGUCUUGGAUAUAUCGAACCGCUAUCUUCUUCCUAGUUUGUGUGCUCUUCUGGUUGAUCUGCUUCCUUCAAAUUCUGAGGCUUCAAGACUUCACCACAGUGUUUCAAGAGGAGUCAGAUGUGGCCGCUGUGCUGCGUGAGCAUUUGAAGAUCAGGAGGCAGCUCAUGGUAAUCAGUCACAGAUUCAGGAGGUUCAUUGUUGCUGGCAUGAUUCUUGUUACUGCCAGCCAGUUCGCUGGCUUGCUGCUGACUACUCGGCCACACGGAGAUGUCAAUCUCUUCAACACUGGAGAGUUAGCGCUGUGCUCUGUGAUUCUCGUUACAGGCCUACUCAUAUGCUUAAGAAGCGCCACAAAGAUUACACACCAGGCUCAGGCGAUAACCAAGCACGCUGCAAAGUGGCACGUAUGUGCUGCCAUUGAUUCCUUUAACCCUGACCCGGAGACCCCCUCUGAAAAUGUUGCUACUUCCAGUGUCUUCCCUGAGAACGAUGUUGACAAUGAAGAAGAAUCCAUCGAAGAUUUGGCUGGUGAUGAUGAAUAUGAGGCCAUUAAGUUGGUAAUGCCUCAUGCCAAUACGAUUUCAUUCCAAAAGAGACAAGCACUGGUGACAUACUUGGAGAACAAUGCAGCAGGGAUCACUUUGUUUGGAUUUGUGCUGGACAGAAGUUACCUCCACAUGGUUUUCAUGAUAGAACUUCCUUUAUUUCUAUGGCUUUUGGGGAAAACAAUUGGAAUCUCGUAAAUGCUAUUCUUCGUUUGAAUUUUCUCUUCUCCUCAUUCUAUUCGAUUUUUUCUGGUAUAUAAAUGUGCAUUAUGAAAAUCAAAAGGUAUGUAUAUAUCCCUUUUCGUUUAUUUUCCUCUUUGUUUUAAUUUUGAGGUCUGAGCAGAGCGGAUGUGAUUUUGCAAGAGUGGCGAUGUCUUUUUUGUGCGUAGAACAUGUUUUAUAGUGGUUUUCCCUUUCUAUUGUGAUCGAUCGACAAUGAAGCAUUAUGGAAUUUAUGAAUAACUUAGUUAUUGAUUGUUUGA